UUUUGAUCAUCUGGACCUUUGAACCUCAUAAUAACAUGAUGUGUUUUGCGUUGUUCUAUAUUUUAAUUGCCACUGAAGUGAGACAAGGAUUUACAGGCCUGUCUGAAAAACCUGAAGUUGAAGUACACUUGAAACAUUAUUACAUAGGUGAUGAUAUAAGCAUACGCUGUGGAGCAAAAAGAGGAAUCCGCUGCCAUUUCUACAUGGAUGGGAGUGCGGUCCCUUUCAGAUCAGUGCCAUACAGACAACAGUAUGGGCAGUGUCACCUCUCUCUGUCUGUUGAGGAGCUGGUGGAGGACAGGGACUUUGGGGAUAGUACUGAGGUGUCUCUGAGCUGUUCUGUGGAAUUCAAAAUGGAUGGACAGCUGAAAAGUUCACAGCGCAGCAAAGCUGAAAAAGUGACAGUGUUUGACACGUUCAGUAAAUAUGGAAGACCUCAUAUUCAAGUGGACCAUAAAGUGAUAAAGGACGAACGUUCUGUUCAAGUACUCUGUCACUCCGAGACUGGAAUACGCUGUUUCUUCUACAGUGGCCAAGCUAAACAACCUUUUUCAUCAAUAAUAUACAGCAAGGAAUCUAAAACCUGUCAGCUCACUGUGCCAGAGAAGACAUUACUGACAAGGACAGAGGACAGGAUGAGUCCUGAGAUCCUGUUCAGUUGCAGUGUGGAACUGAAUUUAGAGGGAAGAGCAGUGACCUCACGACGCAGCAAGAAUAUCAAAGUGGACAUAAAUUGGAACAGUGCAGGGUUCAAUGUGACAGAAGAGCCCUUGUCAGCCACUAUAUUUCUGACAGAUGCUGACCUUGUUACAAGUGACAAACAUUUAGGAGUCUACACAUCUGGAUCUAAACACUACAUCGGGAUAGCUACUGGAUUAUUACUCUUUGUGUUGGCAGCAGUCAUUCUGACAUCACUCUUUUUCAUACAUGAAAGAAACCAACAUCACAGAGGAAGGGAUCAGCAAUCUGAAAACAAUUCGGAGCCUUGUAUUUAUGCCAAUGUCAAUGAAGAUAAUCAACUGACAGUAAUGCAACAGCAACAGCAAGAUUAUCACACAGAUUUUGAAGUGUGCUAUGCCACUGUGAAACGAACUGAGAGACCAAAAGAAAAAACCCCAGUGGCUUGCUUCAGUCAAACUGAUGAAUACGCUAAUGUGAUGAUGCCCAGAGGCAGCAACUAAUGGAUGGCUUCAGAGGAGAUGUUUCACUCUUAUAUUAAGCUCAUAAAUGGCCAUUUUGCUUACCUCGCACAAAAUACUUUCCAUACUAUGUACUGUAUUACUGGUAUGGCAUUUAACUACUAUGUUGCUCUUUUGGCUUUAAAGUAAUUUUUCUCAGAUAUUUAACUGGUUAUUUAACUGGGAAAGAUCAAUUCUAGAUUCAAUUCUAUAUUACAAUUUCUUUCUGUCUGACUUCUGAUUAAUUACACCCUCUUGUGUG